GCUCAACGUCGCCGCCCGCGAUGCCACCUGCCCCUAAAGAAGACAAGAGGUCGGCCCGCACCAGCUAACCACAACUAAUGCACUUCGCUCGGGCUUUCCCAUCGUCGGUUAGAAAGGCCUCGAAAAAGGACAACCGAGAAAAUUUUAAAAAAAUCUUACACACGCUCCUGACUACUGGGGAGAGAUCCAGACUCGACCAAGCUACGAGUACGGAUGCCCGUCUGGGUGCUUCUCAUGACCAUAUCUCUGUCAAACUUGAAAUCGCCUUUUGGCUUGCGUGGCUUGCCUCAUCUCGCGGCCUCUGCCGUACGCCACAGUAGUACACGGCAGACGAUGAAGGCAUGCAAAGGGGUGACGGGAAAAAGGAGGUUUUGGCCGCAGAGGGCUAUCAUGGUCGCGCGCUCGCUUGCAUGCACCUUGGACUCCCGCCGUCUUGGGAGGAUGGACUCGGGCCCCGGACGAUGGUCGUGUCUGCCGGUGAGUACCCGAUACGAGGUUCGGAUUGCGUCCUUCAGGUGGGUGAGUGACACUGACAGGUCGGUCGACACACUCGACAGCAGCGAACUAAGCGUAGUAGGUCCCCAGAAAACAUACGACCGAGCACAAAUGGUCCCAGUGCCAGGUGACAGCAGGAUUCUGACUCGGUAUUUGUUUAGACGCAACGUGGUAGGUGAGUGUGUGUGUCUUAUGCUUGUUCAUUGCCAGUCUACCACGUAAAAGUUUCUCUCUGUUGCCAUUUCAUCCAUGUGGCAUACCUUACAAUCGUGCCCGUAAUUCGCCUCUCUGUGUCGUUCUUCAUAUCCUAGUAUGAAGUCUCGUCUAGUCUAGACUAGAGCAUAUUUUGUUUGCAACCCGCCCGUGAAAAGCAAAAAUUUC